CACCGUGGUGGACGGCAGACAGCGUCAGGCUGCUUUACUAACACCUGUGUGUCAGGUUUGCUGUCAGGUGGAGUCCACUCUCGCUCCGCGGCUGCAAAAUGCUGACUGACGUGAUUUUAGAGGAAGAGUUUGACAAGAAUGGGGAUCCUUGGUACGACCCGCAGGACCUUGAACACGACCUCCAUUUGGCAGCGGAGCUUGGGAAAACACUCCUGGACAGGAAUCAUGAGCUGGAGCAGGCGCUACAGCAGAUGUACUCCACCAACCAGGAUCAGCUGCAGGAGAUAGAGUACAUGACCAAGCAGGUGGACCUGCUACGUCAGAUGAACGACCAGCAUGCCAAGGUGUAUGAGCAGCUAGACACGGUCACCAGGGAUCUGGAGCAAAGCAACCAGAGACUGGUGCAGGACAACCGCCUGGCACACCAGAAGAUCCACAGUCUAACAGAGACCAUCGAAGGACUUCAAACCUACAUGGAGGAACUACAGACUCAGGUGGAUGAGCUCAGGACUGCGCAACUGGAGCGAAGCAAAAAAGAGCAGGCAGAGCAGCGACGAAGCCUCGGAGCACAGAGCAUGUCCUGCCUCAAAGAGCUGUAUGACUUACAACAUGAGAGCAGUCGGCAAGUGGAUGGACUCUGGUCACCUCAGGGCUCUUUCUAUGACCAAGACAGAUGCCAAGACCUGGAGGAGGAGCGCGAGACUCUUCAGCACUCCAUCCAGACUCUUCAGAAUCAGAUAGCUGUGGAGCGCAGCCGCAGGGAGGUUGCAGAGCGGGAGUUUGAGUUGACAGUCAAGGAGAACCAAGGCCUCGAGCAGCGGCUGGACCUGCUGGCGGGCUGCCGGGACAGGCAGAAGGAGCUGGAGGCUGAAGUGGAGCAGCUGCGUCUUCUGUGGCGUGCAGAGUGUGCCAAAAGUGCCAGAAGACCAUACCAGCUGCUGUUGCCUGAAACUGUUUUCUUUGCAUCAGAAGAAAAACCCAGUCAGGAGCAGGUUGAGACGGAGGAGAAGAUGGAGAUGCAGGAGGAGCAGAGAAAGCACAUCCUGCAGAGAUGUAACAGUGACAGCUUUUUGAGGGCAAUGAACACAGACGAGAUUCGCCGUGGUCACGAGCAGAUGUGCAUAAGACGAACAGAGGCAGUGAAACAGAGGGGCAUCUCCCUGCUCAAUGAGGUGGAUGCACAGUACAGUGCACUGCAGGUGAAAUAUGAUGAGCUUCUGCGUCGGUGCCAGCAAACAGACGGGCUCAGCCAUAAAGGCGUCCAGACUUCAAGCACUCCCGUUGCAAACAGCCGGACGCGCCGCCGCCUGUCCAGCUCAGCCACUUUGUCCGAUCUGGCAGUGGUUUCGGAAGAUGGUCAGCAGCCUGGUCAGCAGCCAGAGUACAAAGUUCUCUUCAAGGAGAUCUUCACUUGCAUCCAAAAGACCAAAGACGAUCUCAGCGACAACAGGCGUCCUGUCAGGGACAGUGAUUCUCAGGGCUCUGCCCAAUGAUUGUAUUAUUCAUCGUCCUGGGAUGAACGUGUUUGGGUCUUGUGAACGUUUUUGAAAAAGGCAAAACAAUAUCUAGGGGGAGCAGAUGCAAUAAGCACAUUCAAUCCUUGUGCAUCUUACACAUUCUUCAGUCCCCUUAUGUACUGUCAUCUUGACGCACCCAUGUUUUUGUCAGCCUGCACUGUUCCUUUUAUUCCAUCCUUAUCAUAAAGUAUAUUUUAUAAAACUUGCUUUAAAAGUCUGUUGUGUAAUCUGAAGUAAGAAUACAUUCCAAACAACAGCUAGAUUAUACAGAAACUGCUUUUUGGUACAAUGACACUAAUAAUUAGCAGGUAUUGUUUAAGCAGGUAUUCAUAGCUAGAUGUGAAGUAUAUUUGGAUGUGUAGCUUGACUGCCAAAUCUGUAAGUAUUGUGUCAAUUUACAACAGUAAGCAGUGUUUAUAUAAUGUAUAUCAUGUGACCACUUGAUCAUCUGGUGCUUGAACAAGAAAGACACAUUGAAUAUUGUUAGUGCGUUGAAAUAAGUUGGAGAUGAAGCUGUUACGUGUGACUUAUGCAAACAGAAAUGUUGGAAUGUCGUAAUAGGAUGAAAAACUGUAGCUAUGAAAUUACUAGACUCAGGCGAUUGUGAUAAUUAGCUUAACAGCUAAUGUUUGGUGUUUUUUGUAAAUUGACAAUAGUUGGCUCAGCGAUUAGGGUCAUUGGCACGCCACCAGAGAAAAUCAGUGGACACUGGAAAAAAACUGGAAAACAGUUUUGAUUUUUUUUUCAACUCUGUACAGCUCUUAAUGAGUGUCUCUACAUCAGUAAGACACACAACAGCUCUCUGCACUUUUUAUGACUGAAUUACAGUUUCUGUUUUAUUUAUUUUUGACAGAAGUUUAUAGAAGAUUACAUUUUAUUUAUUUUCUUUAUUGCUAAAUACAGCGGAUUGGUCAGUUGAGAGUGACUGGAAGUGAAAUUAAAUGUACACUGAGGUGGUUUUUCUGUAGGUCUAAAUAUUUGGUCAGCUGAUUGAAAACAGGAUCACAGAGGCAAACGAGGAACACAAAAUAAAUGUUCCCCCAAAUUAUAAACAGUUUCCUCUGCACAAUGUCCUUUUUUUGAAUCAAUUCGUCGUAAUGUGUGUUAAUUGGGUUAGCGAGAGAGAGACUCUAGACAAUCGCAGUUUUUUCUUCUAAUCUUUUCAAUCUAAAUUAAAGCAGUUAUGAAGAUACAUUAUUUAUGAACUCUCAGUUAUAAACAGGAAACAUCAAAACCUCAACUUCCAACCAGAUAAGUUUCAUACUGCUGACCCCAUUCACAGUGAAACAGUUCUUACCUUUUGAUUCAGGCUUCCUUUGUUGUCAUGUUAUCUUUUUACUUUCAUUUUCCAUGUCAUGUGAUGCCUAUCAGAAAAAAAAAACUAUGCUUGUUGGACAAUGUUCUGAAAUCUAACAUGGGCAUUUAAGCAAUUUGUUGCUGCUGCUCUCAAGCUGUCAAUCUUGUGCUGCUGCAGAGGUCAUUGCUGUAUGAUCAUAGGUGUCCUCCAUGAAGACUAACAUGUUUUUGCU